AAUCCGCUACCACAUGUGACACCAAUAUGGGACAAAAUUUCAACAGUUGCAGCUUUUAGGCUCCUCUCUUCCUCUCUAUAAAACGCCCCUUUCUCUCCUCCCGCUUCAAACCAUCCAAAAUUCCCCUUCUCUUUCUUUCUUCUUCUUCCUCAAUCACCUAAAAAACACACACAGAGAGAGAGAGAGAGGCAAUAUAAUGUGUAACUCCUCCGCACUCUCUUCUGUAACGGCGGCGAUGGGGCCGUCGUCGGACGAAUUCCUCCCCUCCGAGCCCACCGACAAAACAAACAGCCUUCUCUCUCUCCCUCUGCUCCCGUCGUCAAAGCCCCGGCAAGAUAAGACCCUCCCUGUCCUCCGGGAAGCAGAGGCUAUUGCCCGAAUUGCCCUCCCCAUGAUCCUCACCGGCCUCAUCCUCUACUCCCGCUCCAUGAUCUCCAUGCUCUUCCUCGGCCGCCUCGGCGGCCUCUCCCUCGCCGGCGGCUCCCUCGCAUUGGGCUUCGCCAACAUCACCGGCUACUCCAUCCUCUCCGGCCUCUCCAUGGGAAUGGAACCCAUUUGCGGCCAAGCUUUCGGCGCCAAGAAAUACUCCCUCCUCGGCCUCACCUUACAAAGAACCAUUCUUUUACUCCUCUUGACUUCCCUCCCCAUUUCCCUCCUCUGGGUCAACAUUAAAAAGAUUCUGAUUUUCUGCGGCCAAGACCCGGCGAUCGCCGCCGAGGCCCAAUCUUACCUGAUUUACUCCCUUCCCGAUCUCGUGGCCCAGUCUUUUCUUCAUCCCCUGAGGAUUUACCUCCGAACUCAGUCGAUCACUCUGCCUCUCACCUUCUGCGCGGCUUUCUCCAUUGUUCUCCACGUGCCCAUAAAUUAUUUCCUGGUGACGAAGAUGGGUAUGGGGGUCAAAGGGGUCGCCCUCAGUGGGGUGUGGACAAAUUUCAAUCUUGUCGGUUCUUUGAUCGUUUAUAUUGUAAUCUCCGGCGUGUACGAGAAGACCUGGGAGGCAGUGUCGUCGGAAUGCCUGAAAGGGUGGAGGGCUCUGAUGAAUCUGGCGAUUCCGAGCUGCGUCUCCGUUUGCCUGGAGUGGUGGUGGUACGAAAUCAUGAUCCUUCUCUGCGGUCUGCUGGUGAAUCCGACGGCCACCGUCGCCUCGAUGGGGCUUCUGAUUCAGACCACUUCCCUGAUCUACAUUUUCCCUUCGUCCCUCAGUUUCAGCGUCUCCACCAGAGUGGGGAAUGAGCUCGGCGCCAGAGAGCCCGGAAGGGCCAAACGCGCCGCCGUGGUGGGACUCGCCGGAAGUUUCUUUUUCGGAAUCACGGCUCUGUUUUUCACCAUCUCCGUCAGGAAUGUGUGGGCGAAGAUGUUCACGGAGGAUAAAGACAUAAUUGCCCUCACCGCUCUGGUCCUGCCCGUGAUCGGGCUGUGCGAGCUCGGGAACUGCCCGCAGACGACCGGGUGCGGGGUCUUGAGAGGGACGGCGAGGCCGAAGACCGGAGCGCACAUCAAUCUCGGCUGCUUCUACCUCGUCGGAAUGCCGGUGGCGGUCGGAUUGAGCUUCUACGGCGGCUUCGACUUCGAAGGCCUCUGGUUGGGGCUGCUGGUGGCGCAGGCUUCUUGUAUGGUCACCAUGCUCCUGGUUUUGCUCCGGACAGAUUGGGACCUCGAAGCCCGGCGAGCGGAGGUUCUCACCACCGCCGUCAAUGGCAGAAACGAUGAAGACUCUUUGUGUUAAUAGUUACCAUUUUUUUUCUAUCUUAUUAGCAUCUUUUUUUUAAUAGGCGCACAACACCUAUAAAUAUACUUUUAUGUUUUUCUCCAAAAAAAAAACCAUAUCCUAAAAAUUUGUCAACUUGUAGAGAAAGUUGGCAAAAUGGAACAAUAUAUGUAAAAUAAUGUGAAAAAGAGAUGUAAAGGGGCUGAGCAUAAUCUGACUCUGAUUUGUAGUUCCAGAAAUAUUGUGGAAGAAUCUACCAUUUAUAGAAUAACAUCCAAAAUUACAUACUUUGUACUUUUGUAGCCCUGCUAAUGCUAGAAUUUGUAUUGUUUUGGAUUCUCUAUUUGUUUUUAUUUUAGACGUUUAAGAUGAAAUUCAGAAUUAGUAAAUUAGGGUGCAAUAU